ACUCUCCCUUGGAAUUGUUUGUCUUCCCAGUCAAACGAGCUGAUAUCGACUGGAUUUGAGCUAUCCUGACUCGGCCACCUAGGUCAUAUUUCCUGGAUGGGAACCGUUGGAUGUUUUUGGGCCGUUGCAGCUCUUGUUCUCGGUGAAUCCAUGCCCCCAGCGCCUGAAGCAGACAUAUCACGCAAGCGUUGGUCGACUUAGCUGAUAUCCCAACCAUAGAUGUCAGCCACCUACAAGAUGACCCUCUCAAUCAUCGCCAAGGAGACAGGCCCUGUCAGCGCGGGCUACCCGCCACACCUCAUGGCCCCAGGACAACCUCUGAUGGACCUCGGCUUCAUGCUGCAGCCUAAGCUCACCGCGACGCACACCUUUCUCGACGCGCCGGCCCUGGACGUGCUGCUCGUGCCCGGCGGGUUCGGCACCGUGGCGCUGCAGCAGAGCAACGACAAGGCAAUCCAGACCUUUUUGCGGAACCGCUUCGCCUCGCUCGAGUACCUGCUCAGCGUCUGCACGGGCAGCGGCAUCCUCGCGUCUUCGGGCCUCCUGGACGGGCACAGGGCGACGACGAACAAGAACUCGUGGGAGUCGGUGACCAGCCAGGGCCCGAACGUGACGUGGGUGCCGAGUGCCCGGUGGACGCAGGACGGCAAGAUCUGGACCAGUUCCGGCGUGGCUUCGGGAAUCGACAUGAUGUACGCCUUCUUGAAGCACCUUUACGGCGAAAACGACCCGGUGCUCACUCGGACUAUGAAUGGCAUCGAGUACGCCCCGCACACGGACCCCAACUGGGAUCCCUUUUCGAUUGUCCAUGACGUGCCCGGACAUACGAACGGAAGCUUGGAGAGUUGCGUCAGGCCGGUUGGCACCGACGCAGCGGCAUGAUCUGCACUGAGAAGUGGAGAUUCCUAUUUCGUAUAACGAGGGGUCCUGGUCUUGCUGUCAAUAUGCCUUCCGCCCUACUUCCAGGGCUUCUUGGUGUCGGAACGAAGCCGCCUUGAUGGCUGCAUUCAACGGACCUCGGUGGUUGAUUGGUGGCAGCACUGCAACCCCUCUUCCUUACAUACUUAGUCCUCUCCCAUGCCCAUCAACAGCAUGGUCAAUCAAUCACUUUACCACCUUAAAAAUUCAAUCCACUGCUUUGACUGGGAAUA